AUGUCAGAACAACCGAUAAACACACACCUCCCUCGGGAAGAGGGGGGUGACUCUCAAAGCAACGGCGCUUUCAACUUCGAAAGAGACCCAUCUUCCCAGUACCUAUCCAACAUGCUAGCUAAUAGUGGCAACACUCAACCAACCAACUCCAUCGAUUACACACAAGACCUCCGACCGCUCCCGGAAUCACUGCAAGACUCGCGAGGUCCCUCGACGUCACGACUCAUGUCCAGGAGACAAUCUACCAUGUCGAGACUGGGAUCCCGAAUUUUGCCCAACUCCGUUAUCCGUGGCUUACUUAAUAGCGAGGAGGAGACACCAGCGGAGGGCCAUGCCCAUCGAAAUGGUCGCAUAUCAAGGUCUUUAUCUCGAGCCGAAACAACACACAGCGGCCGCUUUUCUCCCUUUCAUUCCCUGGGAUCUCGAGGUAUCACCAGACGUCGCUCGAUCCGCGGUCCCUAUCCAGUCCCUCGAUCUGACGGAACACUGGUCUCAGAUGAUUCAUCAAGAUAUCUUAGCCCGAAUUUGGAGACAAUUCCAGGCUCUGUGAGAGGAUGGCGGCGUAGCCCUCGCUUGAACCGCGUGCGAAAUUCUUUGAGCACACCAAUUUCUCAUUUAUUCGGGCCACCGUCUUUAUCGAGCUCCGAUGCGGCGAGAGUUCCUCCUCCUCCUCCUCAACUACCACCCCGCUCAAGCAUGUCAGAUGAUGUUGACCGCUUGCUUCCUCCUUUGGCUCCGAUGGAUACCACCAUGGGUUUUGAUGAGGCUACAGAGAUGGACUCGGUUGAGCCGUCAUCUAUGGACGCUUUAACAUCAACUUCCCCUCGAUCCCGCAUGAACCAGGGACCAGGCCCUGUCAGAAGACUUCCUGGCAUUCUACGCUCUCGUUCGUCUCGGAUACCACGGCGUGAAGAUCAAACUUCACUCUCUCGUGUUCUUCAAUUAGCCGCUGCCGCUAUCGCAGCACAACUCUCAGGCAGCACAGUUCCUACCCUCCCUAAUAUCCAGUCCCUUGGAAAUGAUGGAUUGGAUGCAUCUCUUGAAAAUCUAAUUCAAAGCUUGCAGCAGGCCACGUCUACUCAGGGCAGUCCCUCGGGUAAUUUAGGCACUCCAAGUCCACCCUCAGAUGGCAGUGCUGCUCCAGCUCCAGUUAAUUUCCUGCGUGUCUUUCGUUUUGCAAACUCUGACAACCAAGGGGGGCGGUCGAGUACAGAAAAUAGAGAUAACAACGGCCCUGGAGUUGCGGAUCCAAUGGAUAUUGACGAGCCUGGCGAGGAGACAACCGAGGGUCGCACUGUGACUUUAGUUGUUGUUGGAGUGAGGUCAGUUCCAACCAACGGGCCUCUCGGUGGUCAACAGAAUAACGGCGGCAUGGGGCUGGACGCUCUUCUUGGCCUACCGCUAAUGCCAUCAACCGCUGUGCCGCGAGAUCGCCCUAACAUCUUCCGGAAUGCGGAUGGUUCUUCCAGGCUCCCUCCCCCCAGGCCUAUCGAUGGAGCUGCAAACUCGAUCCUUGGUGGUUUAGAUAAUCAGCCUCGCCGCUCGUUGUCGAAUGAAUCUCAACGAAGACCGCCAGAUUCAACAUCCACUGAUGCACCAUCGUCUACACUCCCAACCACCCUAUCAGACAGUCCUCCUGGGCCGCACCCUCCUCCAUCAACGCCAGCCGAACCCGCAUUAUCUGCAGUCUCAUCGGGAAAUUCUACUCCAAGUCGGAGGCCGUCCUCAGCUUCGGCAAUGUUUCCGAACCCUCUGCCUCAAGUUCACGAAGAAUCUCCCCGACAACCCACGGUUGAGUCGGAAGCUUCGGCCACAACAGCUCCUACUACCGGUGCCCGGCAACGUCGCCGAAGUGAUUCCGAGUUUGCUCGCCACCGUCAUUUGGGCUUGGGUGCCGCGCGGCGCAACGGAGUUGUCGAACCAGAUCAGCCAACCCCGUCUACGGGUCGUACUUGGGUGAUAUAUGUCGUCGGCACCAACCUUUCUGAGAACCACCCGGCUUUUGCAACGCCGAGUCUGUUUACUGACAACCCGACGUAUGAAGAUAUGAUUUUGUUGUCUUCACUCCUUGGGCCAGCAAAGCCUCCUGUUGCCUCUGAGGACGACGUCACUUCAGCGGGUGGCAUAUUUCGUUUAGUCGAGUAUGCCGGUACUUUAGUUGCAGAAGCCCUCGAAAGCGAUGAAAAUCUUAGCAUUGGAGAAAACGAAAGGUGCUUAAUCUGUCUUAGCGAGUACCAGGCAGCCGAGGAAGUUCGACAGCUUUCCAAAUGCAAGCAUACUUAUCACAAAGAAUGCAUCGAUCAGUGGCUUACUACUGGACGAAACUCUUGCCCUCUAUGCCGAGGCGAAGGAGUCGCUGAGACUUCCAAUAAUUCCAACGAGCCCCCUGCUCAAGAAGCUUCUGCAUAA